AUGGGCAAGCUGCUCCCGUCCAAGCCAGACAAAAUGGCCAACGAGUCGACGCCCCUCAUUCAGACCGUGCGGGUAGGCCCUCCGCGGAGGAGAUACCCGCACCAGACGUGCCGGCGCUUCUGCACCCUCGCCUGCACGUGCGUCCUCAUCUUCGGCUUCAUCAGCUUCGCUCUCCAUGCCUUCCUCCUCUGGCCCUACCACCGCCAUCACGGCCACCACAGCCACCAUGCCUUGUCCAGGCACAACGGCAAAUCCCUGUCUCACGACAAGCUCAAGUCUAUCCUGCUCGACACCCCCUCGGCCAAGCACGCCAGGGAGUGGAGCCAGUACUAUACCUCGGGGCCUCACCUGGCCGGAAAGAACUUGUCACAGGCCGAGUGGACUAGGGACAAGUGGCAGGGCUGGGGCGUAAACUCCGAGGUCGUUGCCUACGACGUCUACAUCAACUACCCCGUUGACCACAGUCUGUCCCUGCUUUCCAAGUCGGAAAAGGCCAAGUCCUGGACCGUCGACUUCAAGGCUACCCUGACCGAGGACGUACUGGAGGAAGACCCAACCACUGCACUCGACAACCGCGUUCCCACCUUCCACGGCUAUUCUGCGAGUGGAAACGUGACCGCGUCCUUCGUCUACGUCAACUACGGCACCUACCGUGAUUUUGAGGACCUAGUCGAGGCCGGCAUCGACCUCAAGGGCAAGAUUGCCAUCGCCAAGUAUGGCGGCGUCUUUCGGGGCCUCAAGGUCAAGCGCGCACAGGAGCUUGGCAUGGUCGGCACGCUCAUCUACAGCGACCCUGGUGACGAUGGCAAGCACACUGAAGAGAACGGCUACAAGCCGUAUCCUGAUGGCCCUGCUCGCAACCCCAGCAGCGUUCAGCGCGGCAGUGUGCAGUUCCUCAGCGUGCGCCCAGGUGACCCGUCAACGCCUGGUUAUCCCUCUAAGCCCGGCGCCCCGCGAGCACCAGUCCACGACUCCACGCCGUCCAUCCCCUCCAUCCCCAUCUCAUAUGCCGAUGCUAUCCCUAUUCUGAAGGCUCUUAACGGUUACGGCCCCAAUUCUACAACGUUCAACAAGUACUGGAACCGCAACCUGGGCCUCGCCCACAAGGGCGUCAGGUACAACAUCGGCCCGUCGCCAGACAAUGUUGUCCUCAAUUUGUACAAUGAGCAGGAGUACACCACCACUCCCCUUUGGGAUGUUAUCGGCGUCGUCAACGGAACCAUCCCCAACGAGGUCAUCGUGGUCGGCAACCACCGAGACGCUUGGAUUGCCGGCGGAGCUGCCGAUCCCAACAGCGGAUCUGCCAUCCUGAACGAGGUGAUUCGCAGCGUUGGCAAGGCCGUCGACGCCGGGUGGAAACCCCUCCGCACCAUCGUCUUUGGCAGCUGGGACGGCGAGGAGUACGGUCUCGUCGGAAGCACCGAGUGGGUGGAGGAGUUUUUGCCUUGGAUCUCUGACGCCAACGUCGCCUACAUCAACGUGGACGUCGGCGCGUCUGGCCCCCAGUUCGAGGCCGCGUCGGCCCCCUUGCUCAAUAAGGUCCUCCGUGAAGCCACCAAGAUGGUCCUUUCUCCCAACCAGACCACCAAGGGCCAGACCGUCGGAGACGUGUGGGACGGCAAGAUCCGCACCAUGGGAAGCGGCAGCGACUUCACCGCGUUCCAGGACUUCGCCGGCGUCCCCUGCAUCGACAUGGGCUUCAAGGCCGCCCCCGAGAGCCCCGUCUACCAGUACCACAGCAAUUACGACAGCUUCUACUGGAUGGACAAGUACGGCGACCCGGGCUUCAAGUACCACGAGGCCAUGGCGCAGGUCCUCGGCGUGCUGCUGGGCGAGCUGUCCAACACCAUCGUCAUCCCUUUUGGCGCCACCGAGUACGCCGACGCCCUGGACGGCUACCUCGACCAGGUCGAAGAUCGUCUCAAGGCGGCGCGCGAGCCCACCUCCGAGGCCGACAUCUUCGCGCUCCGCGGCGCCCUCACCCCCAAGGAGGUCACGGGCAGCGCCGACGCCUUCGAGGAGAGCCUCCGCACCGUCCGCCGCUCGCUCGUCGCGCUGCGCGUCAAGGCCGCCGAGCUCGACGACCUCGCGGCCUGGGCCAACCGCAAGCUCGACGACGGCAUCCCCUGGUGGAACAUCAUCGGCAAGAUCAAGCUGUGGAUCACCAUCGCAAAGGUCAACGUCCAGUACAAGUAUUUCGAGCGCCACUUCCUCUUCGAGGGUGGCCUGGACAGCCGCAGCUGGUUCAAGCACGUCGUCUUUGCGCCUGGCCUGUGGACGGGCUAUGCCGGAGCCGUGUAUCCUGGUCUGAUGGAGAGCAUCGACGCCAAGGACUAUAACAACGGCCUUAAAUGGGCCGGCAUCAUCGACCGCUGCGUCGUCAAGGCCACGCAUAGCAUCAAGUAG